CGUUCUGUGUUGUUCUGUCACGGUUUUCGUUGGGUGGUGUUUGAUUGGUGUUAAACAUCUUAGUCAGAAUAAACAGCUCUGUUAUUUCCUGUAUGGUUGGAAAUAAUUUAAUUAUUAUGCUUGUGAUACAAUCAAUAAAUCGGAAGUAGUGUUAAACAUGCAUCGGCAAAAUUCAGGCCAAAGUCGCUGGGAAAGUAACGAUCCGGUUCCCUGUGUGAUUGUUUUAUUGUAAUGAGGAUGGGCCAUGCUUUUGUUUAUGUAUUUGUCGCCGUUUGCGGAAUAAUAGCCCAAAAUACAACUACGGAAUACUAUACCACCCUCAAUUACACUUUGGGUUAUGAAUUUAAAAAGAAUACACAAGUUACUGACACACCUACAACAAUAAUUUCUGAUGCAGUUCCAGGAAAACCGAGAAAUUUGACGAUACUGGACUUCACUUCAAUUAGCAUCUAUUUACAAUGGGCUAAUCCCGAGAAAAAGAAUGGGGUUAUCGAAGGCUACAGAGUUUACUACAUGAACAACAAUUUUACUGAGGUACAACCAGACAAAAUACCCUAUGAUGAACCCCUCAUAAGAUACAACUUAACCAGACUGAAACCACACACAGAAUACACAAUAUUUGUGAAAGCCUUCACUUUGAAACAUGAAGGCUACCCAUCAGAGUCUGUUAUUGCCACAACAGAUAUCAGUGGGCCUAGUGCUCCUAACGUAUUCAAUGUCACAUGCUUGGCAAAUGAGACAAUACAUAUACAAUGGGAACGACCCGCUAAUUUUCAUUACUCAAUAGACUACUACUAUCUAUACAUAUAUUUGGGAAAUCGACUAUAUCAUAACAUAACAAUUCCGACAUCUAAAGAAAAUCUUGAGACAACAUAUGUUCUGAAGAAUGUCACUCCAAAUGCAAAUUACAAAGUGCAAAUACAAGCUUCUAGCAUAAGCAACCGUACACACAGACUGAUUAUGGGUCCAAUGUUGGCGUCUCAUGUAUACACAUCACCAAUCUCUGAUAAAACCAUACCCACUAGUGAAUUGAGUGCUGGAAUUAUUGCAGGGGUUCUUUGUGCAGUUCUGGCUUUAUUGGUUGCUGGACUGGCAUUUUUAGUUUGGCGAAAAUGUUUUCGUGCCCCAUAUUACUACCUAGACAACCCGCAAUGUUCCGCUGCGGCUCUAGAUUGGAAUACAACACCUGAACCAGAUGCUGAUCAUAAUGGGCCUAUUCCUGUAGCUCUUUUUGCGAGACAUGUGCAGGAACUACAUGCAGAUGGAGAUAUAGGUUUUAGCAAAGAAUACGAAGCUAUCCAGAAUGAUGCCGUUAAUGAAAUUAGUAGUUCUGAACAUUCCCAACAUCCUGAAAACAAGCCUAAGAACAGAUAUCUGAAUAUUAUUGCCUAUGACCAUUCACGAGUCCACUUGCUUACAAUGCGCGGCCAAAAAAUAUCGACUUACAUUAACGCCAAUUACAUUGAUGGGUUUCAAAUGAACAGAGCUUACAUUGGUACUCAAGGUCCUUUGCCCUCCACAUUUGAUUGCUUUUGGAGGAUGGUUUGGGAACAAAGAGUUACAAUCAUUGUGAUGAUUACCAACUUGGUUGAAAGAGGGCGGAGGAAAUGUGAUAUGUAUUGGCCAAAGGAAGGAACUGAAACAUAUGGUGUGAUCCAAGUGAAGCUUGUGAAAGAAGAUAUAAUGGCAACCUAUAUUGUCAGGACACUCUCGAUACGUCAUCUCAGAGUUAAUAUAAAGAAUAGAAAGAAGGCCUCGCUAGCAGAAAAAACAGUUUAUCAGUAUCACUAUACCAACUGGCCAGAUCAUGGAACACCUGAUCAUCCCCUACCUGUCAUUCACUUUGUCAAAAAAUCCUCUGCUGCCAAUCCUGCGGAUGCUGGUCCUAUUGUUGUGCAUUGCAGUGCCGGAGUGGGCAGGACUGGAACAUAUAUUGUGCUGGACGCAAUGCUUAGGCAAAUUCGUGCUAGGGGUGAAGUAAACAUAUUCGGUUUCUUAAAGCAUAUUCGGGCCCAGAGAAAUUUCCUGGUCCAAACGGAGGAACAGUACAUAUUUAUUCAUGACGCUUUGGUAGAGGCUAUUGAAUGUGGAGAAACAAAUAUUUGUCGGGAAAAAUUCCCUAGAUACGUUUCGGUUUUACAAAAUCUUAACCUCGAAGACAAGAAUGAGCUAUGGAAACCAUUAGAUGUUCAGUUUAGAUUAGUCACUAGUUUUGUGUGUAGAGAUUUUAACUUAGUUUCGGCGAACAAACCAAUAAACCUACCAAAGAAUAGAUGUGCUGUUAUUCUGCCAGUAGAAAGUGCUCGAGUACACUUGACCCCUAAACCGGGUGAGGAUGGAUCAGAUUACAUUAAUGCGAGCUGGCUCCAGGGAUUCCACAAUCUCCGAGAGUUCAUUAUAACUCAACAUCCAUUUAAACACACCGUUCAAGACUUCUGGCAAAUGGUUUGGGAUCAUAGCGCACAGCUAAUAGUUAUGAUAAGCUUUAUAGAUAACUCUGAAUACGAAAUAUUUUGGCCAGCAGGUGAAGAAGUCAUCGAAACUGAUACAUAUACUUGCAAACAAACUAAUGAAAAUGGUAAUUCUGCAUAUUAUACCAGAGAGUUUUUAAUGAGAUCUGUACAAGAUGAUUAUGAGAUUCCCGUCAAGAUGGUCCACUGUUUCAACUGGCCACACCAAGUUGGAUCUCUGGCUGAAAUGUAUCAUUUGCCUAAUUUUAUACUUGAUAUGCAGAAGAUACAGAAUGGACCAAUAAUUGUUGUUGACCG